UUUUGCGAGCCAGGCGGGCCUUCCUGAGAAGCGAAGGCGGCGGCCGCGAUCAUGGCUGCGGAAGCAGAGAGCCGGGCUGGAGGGGGCUCCGAGGCAGGGAAUGGAACUGCCCUCUGGAAAAAGCACCUGAAGUUCCCCACAAGCAAGCAGAGCUUUGGAGGGUAGCCCGCGUGGACUGCCGGAGCAGAACUCUUUGUUCCACUUUGUUCCGUCAAUGCUUGCUGGGCCGCAAGAUGGCCGCCCUCGCAAGCAACCAGAGUUCGGGGCAUGCCGAUGGGGUUGCUGCCCCUUCUCCUCUCCUGGAGGAAAAACCUAAAAGCAAGGGCCUCUUCCAGCUGGGCUCCCUCUUCCAUACCCGCAACGAGAAGUUUGUCUUUGCCAGGAGCGACAGCAUGCCAGAAGAGAACGUUUUGAAGAUCACCAUCACCGAAACCACUGUCAUUGAAUCAGACGUGGGCAUCUGGAAUUCCCACGCGCUCAUCUACCUCACCUUGUGGUUCUUCUUCAGCUUUUGCACUCUUUUUCUGAACAAGUACAUCCUUUCGCUGCUGGAAGGGGAGCCGAGCAUGCUGGGUGCCGUCCAGAUGCUCUCCACCACUUUCAUAGGCUGUGUCAAAAUGUUUGUCCCCUGCUGCCUGCACCAGCACAAGAGCCGCCUCUCCUACCCUCCCAACUUCCUCAUGAUCAUGUUGUUUGUCGGGCUGAUGAGGUUUGCCACGGUGGUCUUGGGCCUCGUCAGUCUCAAGAACGUAGCGGUUUCCUUUGCUGAGACGGUGAAAAGCUCUGCUCCCAUUUUUACUGUUAUCAUGUCCCGUAUGAUUUUAGGAGAGUACACUGGGUUGCUCGUAAACCUGUCUCUUGUUCCCGUCAUGGGAGGGCUUGCUUUGUGCACCGCAACGGAGCUGAGCUUCAACGUCCUCGGCUUCUCCGCAGCUUUAUCUACGAACAUCAUGGACUGUUUACAGAACGUUUUCUCCAAAAAACUGCUCAGCGGGGACAAGUACCGCUUCUCCGCUCCGGAGCUUCAGUUCUACACCAGCGCGGCUGCAGUCAUCAUGCUUAUUCCAGCUUGGAUCUUUUUCAUGGAUGUGCCGGUAAUCGGGAAAAGCGGAAAGAGUUUCCAGUACAAUCAAGACAUCAUCGUGCUGCUCCUCAUCGACGGCAUCCUCUUCCACCUCCAAAGCGUUACGGCCUAUGCUUUGAUGGGCAAGAUUUCCCCUGUGACUUUCAGCGUUGCCAGCACCGUCAAGCACGCCCUGUCCAUCUGGCUGAGCAUCAUCGUGUUUGGUAACAAGAUCACCAGCCUCUCGGCCGUCGGCACCGUCCUGGUGAUGGUUGGGGUCCUGCUCUACAACAAGGCAAAGCAACACCAGCAAAAAACCAUUCAGAGCCUGGCCGCGGCGUCCCCUCUCCAAACAUCCCAAAGCCUGAGCGAAGAUACCUAGCUGCUGAUUCCCAAGGACUUAAAGCCGUAUGAAUGAGACCGUCCUCUUGUCCCUUCGCUCCAACUUUUGGGCUUUUAUUGGGAGUCCGAAAUCCUGGAGAUCCAUGGGACCUGUGGCCUGCUGUGUUUUCUGGGUGCAGGUUGAGAAAAAUGAGACGCGAGAUGAGGAGGAUUGCUCUCGGAAAAGUGGAUGUAUAGAACAGAAGGGCUUAUGAAUAAGCUGGCGCCAUGCUUUGCUUUUGACUCUUUCUAAAUAAAGCCCGUGCAGAUAUGUCAGGUGGUCGCUUGGGGUCCAGCCUCCACCAAAGAAUUGUGAAAUAUGGGAAUUUCCUCCACCGCACCUGCCCCCCCCCCCAAAUCUUAUCUGUUGCAGGGAGCAGACAGACAUUCUUUGCUCUGCACUUGAGCUGAAGCGACUGCAUUUCAAAAAGUCUAACAACCGACUGUCAGUUUGGAGAUGAGCUCAGCCGGUCCUGGAUCCCAAGAUGGUGCGAGAGCCUUGUCUCCUGGAGACCCGAAACCAGCAAAGGUGGAUCAGCCUGGGGCUGCAGGGAUUCUUAACCACUAGCAUGCUGGGUGCCAGAUGCGCACCCCAUGACCUCUGAACCCUAAAUAUAUAAUAGACUGAAAGUUAAGACGGGAUACCUCUCUCCCUCUCUCCCUCCCUCCCUCUCUCCCUCCCUCCCUCUCUCCCUCCCUCUCUCCCUCUCUCUCUCCCUCCCUCCCUCUCUCUCUCCUUCUCCCUCUCCCUCUCUCUCUCCCUCUCCCUCUCCCUCCCUCCCCACAAACCCCUCUAGAGUCCUUUCAGCCAUCAAGGAGACAACAUCAGCAAUUUUGAAAGCAAUCCUCUUAUAUAUACGCACACAAACAUGCAUGCGUGUAAUUUCGAUAGCAAUCCUCUUACACACACGCACAUGCCAAACUGAAAUGUCAGGUUCCCUCUGAACUGAAAUGUAUAUUUUUACAAGCGUGGGUUGGGAAGUAUUUUGUGCCAGAGGUCAGAUAGGUGGCCAACUUUGGGACCUUAUUUUUCCGUUUUGAGCCUAGGAGGGCAAUCAGUAAUGGCCUUUUGGAAAAGUGGGGGUUGCUGCUUGAUAUACACAGUGAAGCUUUCUUCAGAGAGCACGUAUUGGGAAUAACAUCAGAAGAGGAAGGGUCGCUCUUUUUUUAUUUUUUUUUCAGAAUGGCAGAGGUUUACGGUUAGUUCACAGUAUUGUCAUGGGAAGGAUGGUGGGGGGAACUGGGGGCUUGGAUUCCCUUCUGGAUGCAUGGCUGAGGUCAGCAACUAGCACGGCCGGACAUGAGCCCCUUACUCCCAUCCCUGUUUAAUGCCCUGAAGAUAAAAAGGCCACUACAAUCCUAGGGAGCUGACAUACCAAAAGCAACCCAAUGCUAGUCCUACUCACAGUCGACCCAUUGAAAUUAAUGGACAGGAGUAACUUGAUCUCAGUGGUCUACUCUGAGUAACACUUAGUUGACUACAAUCCAGAGUCUUAGUGGCAUCUUUAUAAAGACGGGUUAUGGGUUGUAUCCUACUAACAUUCGUUGAAAUUAAUGGACAUGAGUAACUGAGGUUUAUUCAUGACAGUGGGUCUACUCUGAGUAGGGCUACCAUUUGAUGUAUCCCACUGGCUUGCUGACUAAACUGGAUGAAGUGUAAUUCUCAGUAGGCAGGUAAACUCUUUUGGGUGCAAACAGGGUGUGUGGGAAAUCUGCAACCUUUACAUCAGUGAUGCAGGGCAGAAUCUUCUUUCCCAGUGUUUUAUUUUUCCGCAGAAAAGUUUGUUUCCUAAGUUCAUUUGCAACAAUGAAUGGAUGCCAGUUGCAAAUCCAACAUUAGGCAAGCUUGUUAGUUUCACGGUUAAACAAAGGUUAAGGCCCAUCUGGGCUGUACAUUCAGAGCAGUACAUCAUACCACUUUAAGCAGCCAUGGCUUCCCCCAAAGAAUCCUGGGAAAUGUUUUUUUUGUGAAGGGUGCUGAGAAUUGUUAGGAGGAGACCUCUAUCCCCCUCGCAGAGUCACAACUCCUGGAGCAGCAUGGCAAUUAAUCCCUUGUUCCAGGGAAUUACAGCUCUGUGAAGGGAAUGAGGGUCUCCUACCAACAAACUACAGUUCCCAGGAUUCUUUGGGGAAACCAUGACUGUGGUCUGAUACUGCUUUAAACGUAUAGGGCAGACAGACCCCAAAAUAAAGAUGCUAAAUUAGAUCACACUCAAGCAUAUCAGAAAAUUUUCUGAUGCAAACUGGGGGGGAAAUCUGAUGCAACUUGUUCCAAAUUUGCAAAGGAAAACAUUUCAAAUUCAAUUUUUUUCCAGAAAACAAAAUGCAGCACUUCUUCACGUUUUCCCCUCUCCUUUGCAUCCAUGUGAAGACAUAGCUGCUACUCUGAGGAAUGCAUGCAUCUGGAGUGGAGUCUAGUUCACAAAAGCUUAUCCCAUCAUAAAUUUCUUAGCCUUUCAGAUGCCACAAGGCUUUUUCAUUUUGUUGUUACUGCAACAAACCAUCAUGGCUACUCCCCUGGAUUUUUGAUUUAUACCAUGUCAGAUUGUCCAUUAAGCCCCACUGCUAUUUUGAGGGUGAUUGUGCUUACAUCCUGCUUAAGAACGUAAGAAGAUCCCUGCUGGAUCUGGCCAAAGGCCCAUCCAGGCCAACAUCCUGCUCUCACUGUGGCCAACCAGACACUGUGAUGGGCAGCGGAACCUGAGUGCAACAGCGCUCCCCCCACCCCCAUGCGUGAUUCCCAACGCCUGAUACCUGGAGAUAAUUUUAGCCAAAUCACAGUCCCUCUAACCUUCUAAAAACAGUAGCUAGGAGGGCCAUGGGCCCCUCUAACUCAGCUCUGUUCAUAUAUUAUUUGUGCUUGUUUAAUUAUAUGGGAUAGUAAGCAAUUGCAUGCUCCCAUCAUGCUGAAGCCAUUGGAUUGUGCAGACUUAUGUUUGUUGUUGUUGUUAUUUACCUUCAAGUCAAUUACGACUUAUGGCGACCCUGUGAAUCAGUGACCUCCAAGAGCAUCUGUCAGGAACCACCCUGUUCAGAUCUUGUAGAUGGCUUCCUUUAUGGAAUCAAUCCAUCGCUUGUUUAGCCUUCCUCUUUUUCUACUCCCUUCUGGUUUUCCCAGCAUUAUUGUCUUUUCUAGUGAAUCAUGUCUUCUCAUUAUGUGUCCAAAGUAUGAUAAUGUCAGUUUCAUCAUUUUAGUUCUAGUGACAGUUCUGGUUUAAUUUGUUCUAACACCCAGUUAUUUGUCUUUUUUUGCAGUCCAUGGUAUGCGCAAAGCUCUCCUCCAACACCACAUUCCAAAUUAGUUGAUUUUUCUCUUAUCUGCUUUUUUCACUGUCCAACUGUCACAUCCAUACAUAGAGAUUGGGCAUACCAUGGUCUGAAUGAUCCUGACUUUAGUGUUCAGUGAUGCAUCUUUGCAUUUAAGAAAUUUAUGUUGCCUCUCCGCAACUGCUUAAGGAACGUCCAGUAACCCUGUUCCCCCUCUGCUUGACAGCAUCCUGUAGAUCAGUACAUUAAUCUAUGGCAGGGGAGAGGCAGUGUCUUGGUGGCAGAGCAUCUGCCUUGCAUCCUGAAGGUUCUGGAUGAAAUCCAAGUAACCUGACUUUCCAGGAGCUGUCUGGGGUGCUGAACCUGGUUGCAAGGAUUGGCACACAGGAAGCUGCCCAAGUCAUACCACUGGUCCAUCUAGCCCAGUGUUGUCUACACUGACUGGCAGCGGCUCCCCAGGCUUUUGGGCAAGGAGUCUCUCUCAGUCCUACCAGGAGAUGCCGGGGACUGAACCUGGGAUCUUCUGCACGCAAAGCAGAUGUUCUACCACUGAGUGAUGGGUCUCUCCUUAACAAAAAUAGAGGACGCUGCCUUAUAUGGAGUCAGAGCAUUGGUCCAUCUGGCUCAGUGUUGUCUACACUGACUGGCAGUGGCUCUCCAGGAUUUCAGAUGGGAUUAUUCUCAGGCCUGUACCUGAGAUGCCAGGGAUUGAACCAGAGACUUCUGCAUGCAAAGCAGGUGCUGUGCCACCUUCCAGUAGAAGGUGACAGGACUGACUCUCUGCCUGGAGAGGCACCGCAACUCAGUGUAGACAGCAGUGGGUGAGAGUAGAUCGGUGGUCUCGCUUGGCAUGAUGAUGGUUACAAUUGUUUGAAAUUUUGUUCACUCCCUAGGGAGGACAGUUGUGCCCUAGAAGGCAUUUUAUAAGCGAUUUACAGCACAAUCCUAGCCACAUCUGCUCAGUAGGGCUUAUUCCCAGGUAGAUCACAGCAAGCAUGAAUGAAUGAAUGAACAUUUGUCUUGGCAAACCAUGUUUUGCCCACAAAAUAGCGGUUGCGAAUGGCAGCCUGGACAGGGGACAGCUUAGGGGUGCCAUCCCUGUACUGCUUUCUGCCAUGUUAAGUUUUAGCAGAGUAGUCUGCCCUGUUGUAAAAAAAAAUAAUUGUGUGACGUGAACCACAGGAACACCAGCUACAUUGCUAGGGUUUAAUGGAGGCUGCCCCUUAGGGCAAGUGGGGGACUGCUCCACCAACCUCAGCCAGCCCCCACUUGCUUGCCUUCUUACUUACAGCCAGUCCAGAGGGGUAGCAUUGCCUAUCAGCUUCCUCUUCCUUAGUCUUGGCAUUGGCCCUUGUAGAACUCAGCAGGGAGGAGGAUGGGGACAACACUAGAAUGAGCUUGCUGUACCUGCGAUUGGCUCUAGCUCAGCCAAUCAAGGGCUCUGGUUACACCUACUGUUGGCCUCCGUGCCUCCCGCCCCACCAGUCCCAAUGGACACUAGCCACUGCUGCUAGGAUUGCCACUUGAUAUAAUUACACCUUGGUCUACUAAUCAACAGCUUUUUAUCUGGUUGGUUUGUAAAACUUCAGUCCUGUGCAUAUAUACUUAGAAGUAAGCCUCAUUGAGUUAUAUAGGACUUACUCCCAGGUAAGUGAGUAUAGGGCUGCAGCCUAAGUCUGCAUUCACUUGACCAUGAAUACAACAAUAGUUUUCAGAUGUUGCACUUUCAUAUCACAUUAGGGACCACCUUCUAAGCUGACAUAUUUUUAUAAAUACGUACAUUGCUGUUUUGUGUUGUUGUUGUUGUUGGGUGUGUGUUUUUAAUCUGCCCCCCGAUUAAUGGGGAGCACUUAAUUUUUUUCACUAAUCAAAAGGUUUUUAAUCAGCUCAGCUAAUCGGUGGACAAAACGUUUAGUGACUAAAUGUUCAGUCCAAGAGUCGCCAACCUUUUAUAGGCCCAUAGGCACACACAGAUUUUUGACUGAGUGCGGUGGGUGCCACCGUCUCUGGUCAUUUUUAUCCCCCAGAUCAGCCCCAUCUCUGAAUAAUGGAAUGAGAGAAAGUAUGCGUGCACCCACUUUUACUUUUCCAAGGGAUCUGUGUAAAAGUCUGAUCCAGGAGAAUGAAUCUGAGCCUCUUGAAAAAGCACAUCGAGCUGAAAGAGGGACAGAGUGUCGCUCUUUCCACUUCCUCCUUCAGCUCUGUGCAUCUUUCAACAGAGAAAAAGGUAACCACCUUCACCACCUUUAGGGGGUGGGGCUCAGUAGCUUCAUGGAUUCCAUGGGAAGACCUCAAGGGCACCAUGGCACUCACAGGUGCCACAUUGGCAACCCCAAAAUAACAUCUCUGUGUUUUGGCGUUGCAUGGCCUCUGCAAUAUUAAUGACCUUAGAUGGUCAUGCUCAGGAUGGCUGUACUUGUCCACAAGAUGCCUCUUUUCACGUCUCCUGGCCAGCCUGUAUGCUUCACUGCUCCUAUCAUAGCCUUAUGAAGCUGAAACGCAAAGAGGCAUAGCUACGCUGCAGCCACAACUGAGUUAGCCAUUGGUUUCUCCCAGGGAAUCUUGGAAACUGUCGUUCCAAGAGACAAAGUGCUAAGGGACUCUUAGCGGAAUUCUUGUCCCUCUUGUCAGACUACAACCCCCAAGGUUAUUUGGGAAGCCGAGACAGUUAAGCCAGGCACAAACCAAUUUAUGUCUGAGGUGUGUAGAGCCGUCUUCUUCUAACCUUGGGUCUCCAUAUGUUGUUGGAUUACAACUGCCAUCAUGUUUGACCGUUGGCUAAGCUGGCUAGGGAUGAUGGAAGUUGUAUUCCAACAUAAUCUAGGGCUGUAUGGGCCUACUCAGAGCAGAUCCAUUGAAGUUAAUGGACAUGAGUCACUUAGGUUCAUUAAUUUCAGUGGGUGUACUGUGAGUAGGACUUAGAUGGAUACAACCUUGAGGAUGGAAGAACGUGAGUACAGACAGGUUUUUUUGCAGACUUUAAUCAAAGAUCUCCAAAGCUGUCUUUCCUAGGAGGAAGCCCCAUGGAAUACAGUGGGACUUCCAAUUAGUCUAUGCAGAUGCAAGCAGGCAAUGUCUGCAAAUUAGAGAAACCCCUCUGACUUGUUCCCCGGAAAAUGGCGAGAUGUUUCCUCUUUUCCUGCAGAAACUUGAACACAAACUUACUGGUGCUUUUUCACAAUGGGGCCAAACCUUAAAUGUAUUGGAUACCAAUAUGAAAAUAAAACUGUAUGUAAUAUC